UAAGGAAGUAAUACAAUGAGUCUAUGGUUAGCCAAGUGCUUUCAACCAGAGGAUCAAGCGCCUCAUGUAAAUGGUUGCCAGGUUAUUGUUGCCCUUAGAUAUGGAGGCAGGUUUGGAGAAAUAAAGAGAGAGGGAGGGAGAUUACAGUCUAAAAGAAGUAUUGAAAACUCUCUGUCAAUCAAGUGCUACGCCUCCUUCGGUGGCUUGCUUCCGUGCACCAGAGCAGAGGACCACAGCAACAAGGUCAGCAAAAGCUCAGAUGCACCUUUCUUGGGUUCAAAUUCUGGUUUGCCAUCUGCCCUUCAGCUGAACCGUGCUGAGAGUGUGAGCUCUGAGCUUGGAUCUGCAGGUCUUCCUCCAGUGGGGCUGAUUAGCCAUCAGACCCCUGAUUUGCACUGCACUGAGAGUGAGUCUGCCACCCCACACAGUCACGUACCGGAACCUUUUCUCAGCCCAGCCUGUGAGCAGCUCACACCACAUCACGCACAGGAGAAUGUAGUGGGGUCAGAUCAGUCAGCAAGCAAUGACAGCUUCCUAUCAAAGUCAAAUGGCAGUGGGAGCACCUUAGCCGCAAACGAGGAAACUUGUAGGAGCCAAAGUCCAAAUAAAGAGGACGCCAGGCAUCCAGAACCUGAGAAACAAAACAGUAGAAUACAAACAGAACAUCCUGCAAGGAGCCAAAAUUGGAAUUCAGAUUAUAAUGGAAGGACUGAGGCCUUGAAACUUUUGAACCAAGGACGGCCAUCCACGACAGAGAACGGCUGGGAUAACCAAGCAUCCGAUACAUCAGGGGGAAGCCAAGUAGAAUCAAAGGAUACUGGGAAGUGUCAAGAGUCAGAUUGCAGAGGGAGGAGUCAAGAGGAAUCUGAGCACAGUAGAAAGAGUCAAACAGGGACUGCGAACAGUAAGACUAUAGAGGAACUAAAAACAAGUGACUCAGAUACAUCAAAGAGUCCAAUUGUCCAAGCCUCUGAUCUCUUCAACACUCCAAGGGUCCAAAAGGACAUCACUGAUGCAUGUCGGUCCAUACACUCACAGAGUGAACAUACUCCACUAAAAAGAGCUCAUAGUGUCACGACAGAGUCUGACACCCCUUUUAUCUUCCCUCACACACGCCCUCGACCCCCUCUCACCCCUGCCAUGCCCACCCUACCUGAGGAAGAGGAGGACUCUCCAGAAGAGCUCGACAGUACAUCCAGCUCACCCUCCACUUAUGCACCAGCUGAAAGCACUGUGGUAACUGUAACCAUGACUCCACCAGCCAUUGUACUUCCAAGACAAGCCAGCAAGCAGGAGCCCUGUCCUCUAGAGAAAGCAAGAUCACAUAGCCCAAGACCUCGUCUCUCCCGAAACUCUGCAUCCUCGAGUCCGAUCACCACAGUGGAUGAUGAGGGACACGUGAUCGAUCUGGUCAAAGAUCAGCUUCCUGAGCUGCAGUUAUCUGAAGAAGACCGUCAGAAGAAUCUAGAGCUGCUAGAGGAGGCCAAGAAAGCCAGCGAUCGCUUUCUGCAACGCAGGGGCAGACGAUCCACCUGUAGUCUUACUGAGUCCCCUACAGUACUCUCACCGAACCCAACGCCAUGCUCCUCCCCAAGACCAUCCAGAAGCAGUUCUUUCUCUGCACUCUCGCCGCUAGGUCCUGAGGUCACCACAACGCCUCCUGCAAGUCCCAAAAUUCCCCACACAACUCAGCAUUUGGAGGUGUCUUCAACCCAUGACCAUGGGGACACAAGUCAAACAGAGCUGGAGGGCUUUACGAGGCUCGUAGAGUGGAAGCCCGGUGACAAGCGAAAGGUGUCUUCUGGCACUUUAAGCCCGCGAUAUGCCACCGCUGUACCAGCCAGAGUGCCUGCUGUGGUUCAGAAAGAGAACCCAGUCCAUCAGGGAAAGAACUCUGAACAUGCAGCCCAGAAAAAAGAGGAGACUCCUGGCCGUGGCAUCAAUCAACCGCCAGCCACAGGGAUAGCCAAACCCGUCCCCCGGCCACCCACUCAGCAAGCCCCAUGUACGGCCGAAAUCAAGACCAUAGGAGCCUUCCCACCUCUGAUGAGAGCCGUCUCCUGGGACACAGUGGGCUCAAUGAACAUGCGCAAUGCAGCUCCCAAAGGAGAGGAGAGUCUCUCUUCCUCUGAAAAAUCAAGGGAGUCGCUAUUUAAGUCCCCCGGGUACAAGGACUUCCCUUUGCCACCCGGGAACGUUCCGAAACUGUCCAAACUGCAUGAGGAACACAAACUGAUACGCAUCCAGAGUAUCUCAAGUUCAAAGCUUCCUGACCUGAGUGAAACAGCUGAGCAGGAACGAGGUACACCCUCUCUGCUCACAAGUUCUCCCAGUGUAGAAGAGAUUAAAGAAAAACCUGACACUAUGCCCAACAUUUCAGACAUCAUGCUUCACAAACUGAAACUGCACAGAGGUUUACCUGGCUGCGCUCCUCCGCUCUCAGAGAAGGAAAUUGAGAACACAUUUGUGCAGCUGUCACUGGCAUUCCGCAAUGACAAUUACACGUUGGAGUUGCGGCUGAAACAGGCAGAAAGAGAGCGCAACCUGACUGAGGAAAACACGGAGAAGGAACUGGAAGAAUUUAAAUGCUCUCUAAAGAACACUUCAUCACUGUGGCAGAAUGUCGAGCAGAGGGAGUUUUACCAGCACCUCAUAGAGACAAUCGCUGUUCUGCGUCGCCUGACCAACCGCCUUUCCAGCAGGGCUGAGAUGGUGGGAGCUGUCCGACAGGAGAAGAGAAUGAGCAAGGCCACUGAGGUGAUGAUGCAGUAUGUUGAGAAUCUGAAGAGGACGUAUGAGAAGGACCACGCUGAGCUGAUGGAGUUCAAGAAGCUUGCCAACCAAAACUCCAACCGCUGCUAUGGGGGCUCAGUGGACACUGGGGAUGAUGGUGUUCCACGUGCAUCAAGAUCCAUGUCUCUGCAAAUGGGAAAGGCCUUGCCCAGACGAAGAGUCAGUGUGGCUGUUGUUCCUAAGUUUAAUCUCUUGAACAUCCCCGGGCAAACUCCAGCCACCGCUGGCCCUAACAUGGCCGGUGCACUUCCUGUGGUGUGCGAGGCAGGCACUAUUAAGAAUGGCAGUACCACAGACCCCACUCAACAAGACGUGCUUGAGAAACCUAACCACAAAAUUAACCAUGGUUACUAUUGUAACUGGUCCUGCUUGACCUGCUCCGAGCGGGAUUCAAACCAGGGUCUCCAGCAUGGGAGGCAGGCGUGCUAACAAGGAGGCUAAAGGCUACAGCCCCUAGCAGCAGUCACUAGUACACCUCUUGAGGCCAGGGGAGUGAGGUUUACACACUGCACAACUACCUACCAGCUGGCUACCAUUACACUCACCCCCCUAAACUUCACUCCCAUCUGGGUCACGGCACCACUGUAACCAGUCCUGCUCGACCCACUCCAAGCAGGAUUCAAACCAGGGUCUCUGGCAUGGGAGGCAGGCACGCUAACGAGGAUGCUAAAGGCUAAAGCCCCUAACAUCAGUUGCAUUAAAACUAUGGUUUCUGCCAAAAAACUUGGUUUCUACACACAAGCGAUGCCAAGCCACGGGAACAAGUGCGAUCGACAGACCCCGCCUCCGGAUCAAACCCUUCUCUGCACUCCCCGACAUUCACAAUGACCAAAUCACUGCGAUGAAAUCAACACUUAUAUUAAUUUUUAUCUAUUAUUUUAAGUAGUAUUAAAGUAAAUGUUAAGAAUGGAAACAGAAAAUUGGAUGGGAAAAAGAGUGGGACAAAAGGUGGAAUCUAACCAAGGAUGCUAGGACAACAGUGCACAUUCACACUGUCUUUAAACCCCAUGCCACUGCAGCAACACCUAUUAUCUAGUUUGUCAUAGAUUCCAGUGGUUUCACCAGACUAUUGGGGUGCAAAUAGCUUCACUGUGUGGCAGAUGCUAUUUACACCGGUGUGUAACAUUUGAUAAAACUUUAUGAUUAUUUAACUCCUUGUUUAAAUAUAGUUUUAAUGUGACCUUCAUACAGUAUAUGGUAAUCAAAUGAAAGUUAAAGAAAUCUUGAGUUUUAAUAAAAAUUGUCUGUUUUUGAAGAAACCCCCCAUAUGUGAGCACAUUUAUCAAGUUAAGCUGGAGAUAUAUUCUUUGUCAACCUAGGUUAUCACAGUUCCCCAAAACAAUGGGUCUGAUUGAGCAUUAUUAAUGAGUUCCCUUAUCAAACAGAUAAUUUGUGGAUUACUUAGUAGACAGAAAACUCAUUUAAAAAUAAUUAUUCACCAACAACAGGAUGUAUGGGCCUUUUGGAAGACUAGAACUUAAGCAAGCAUCUCCUUUUUUCUAUGUGCUUAAAAUAGCACACGUGUCCCACAAAAAUCCCAUUUGUAGAUCAUUUUACAUGCUAUUUUGCUAUUAAAUCCAAACAUUUGGCCAGAAUCGCUUGAUAAAAACCAGGCAUCAGUGUCUGAGCUUACUGUAAUAAUAAUACAGGCAUGAUACAGUUUGUCGCACCAAACUCUUAUAUCCAAAUAGUAGUUUUGAACUCAAAGCCAGACAAUGUACUGUACAUGAUAUUCUAAAGCCCACUGAUGUUUAAAGACCUCCCAAUAUAGGUGUUGUCACUUUGGCUUUGUUGUUUAAACAUUUCAUUUCACACCUUUGCUGCUGUGCUUUCUGUGCCAUGUUCCUUGUUCACUGGCAUUUAAAGGGACAGGUCACCCAAAAGUGAAAAAGCUGUCAUUCUUUACUCACACCUCAUGUUGUUCCAAACCUCAUGUGACCUUGAUUUUUGGGUGAACUGUCCCUUUAACUGUUUCCAUUAGGGCAGAGUUCCAUUGUUAUUAACGGAGAGAGCAGGCUCUGUAGUUCUCAAAGAUCUGCGUAAUGGCAUUGUUUUAUUGCUCCAGCACUGACUCUUUUUUCCUAUCUGAA